AUGCACAAGGCGGCAGCGACUCUUCUUGGGCAGAUUCCGCACAACUACGACGGAUCGAAUAGUGAAACUCGAGCGAUGGCUUCCAGAACCGUACCUGAAUAUGACGAUCUCGACGUGUACAAUGUUGAUGACGACUUCGACGACCCAUUCAAAUCCCCACCGCCCGAGGCGAAAGAUGGGAGCACGAACAAAAGAAAGCAGGCCGAAGCCUUGGGCCUUGAUGAGGAGGUCGAGGUGGCUAAAAGAGUGCGGGUGCCACGCGUAAAGCUGGACGAAGCUCGGCUACUGUCAGACAACGGGAUACCUAAACUUCGAAAACGCGCCGGUAACCUCAAGUUCAAGGGCAAAGGACACGAGUUCUCCGAUGCUGCGCGUCUUCUAUCCUUUUACCAGCUUUGGCUUGACGACCUCUUCCCCAAGGCGAGGUUUCUCGACGCUCUGAGCAUGGUUGAAAAAGCCGGCCACAAGAGGCAGAUUGUACUCAAGCGCAUGGAGUGGAUCAACGAGGGCAAGCCCAAGCCAUGGGAUGCAAACGAGGACAGAACAGAAGAUACGGUGGAAGAGGCACCAGAGCAAACAGCCGAACCCCCCACUGCACCAGUUUCGGCAACUGUCCCUCCACAACAAAACCUGGAAACACCAGAACGUGGAGACAUACUGGAUGUAGAAGACAUAUACAGUUCAACACCGUUGGCUAGGAAGCAGGAUAUGGGAGUGUCCGCCUUACAGCCUGAGGAACCCGACGACGACGAUCUUGACGCGCUCAUGGCUGAAGCGGAUGGAGCAACCCAUGCACAAGCACCAAUAGCCCAGGAGCACACCGGCAAGUCAGUAGAGGAAGAGUUCGCAGAUGAAGAAGCCGCUAUGGCCGAGAUGGACGGGCUUUGGUGA